UUUCAUCUUGCAGUGCGAUGGCGAGGACUGUACUUUCCAUUCUGUGUCUCCUGGUUGGACUUGUAUGUUUCCCAAGUACAGGAUGUUGGGAAGCACCCUGGUUCUGUCAUGGACGUGAGUGUCCCGUGUACACUGUGGUGCAACAGUAUGAGGGAUUUGAGGAGCGCAAUUAUGAAGUGAGCCAUUGGAUUACCACUGAUGUUGCGAGUUCCAGCAACAGUGAUUUAAAAGAUGGCUUUUGGAAAUUGUAUUAUUUCAAUCAAGGGCAAAACAGCGAGAAUAAGGAGAUUGCUAUGACCAGGCCUGUGGUGGUCUCUGUGAAGGAAGCUGAUUUUACGGGGGAGCGACAGGUGUCUAUUUCCGUCUUUCAGUCUGACGCGGACAUCCCUGAGCCUAACGAUAAUACCAUCAGAAAAACAGUCAUACCAGGCGGUACUGUCUACGUCAGGUCAUUUAGUGGUGUGGCAUCUGAUGAAGACGCAUUAGAGAAUGUGCAGCAGCUUAGGGAGGACCUCAGGGCUGCAGGAAAGGUGUUUGUUGAAAACAGAUAUGAUGCAGCUGGAUAUGAUGCACCAUGGGAUUUGAUCAACAGGCACAAUGAAGUUUGGGUUCGUGCACCCUGAGGACUUGCAGAUCUUGAAAGUUCUGUUCCUCAUUCCUAUGGUGUAGCCUCUUUUUACUUUCAAGUCCCAGUCAACUGAAGAUUUCCUUGCAUAUCAUAUGUUAACAUGGUGUUGCAAUCUUAAACAAUGUAUUAAUGUUUCGUUUGUGCAAUAAAAGUGUUGAAGCACUUUGUAGUUCUUUGACAGGAUUAUAAACUGGUUUUUAGGAAUGUGACGUCUGUCAUCUACAUCUGUAGGUUAAGGUAGGUUUACACUGAAAUUGCAGUUGAAUUUUACUGCUUUGACAAUAAAACUUUUGAUCUCUUUAUU